AUGAACACUGGAGAUCUAGACCGAGUUAUUGCACACAUUGAAUCAGGAAAAUAUCCAUCCCUCGAGGAUGUUAAAUAUCUUUGCGAAAAGGCAAUGGAGAUCUUACGUGAUUUGCCAAACGUAGUCUCCGUUCCUGCGCCAGUUUCAAUUUGUGGUGAUACACACGGUCAGUUCUACGACUUAUUGGAACUAUUUUCACUUGGAGGCAAGUGCCCAGAUACAAAUUAUUUAUUUUUAGGCGAUUAUGUUGACCGUGGAUAUUAUUCAGUCGAAACAUUUUUAUUUUUAAUUGCAUUAAAAGUUCGUUAUCCAUCAAGAAUGACUUUACUUCGUGGUAACCACGAAUCGAGACAGACAACUCAAGCAUACGGAUUUUAUGACGAGAUUAUCAGAAAAUACGGCGACGCUUCAGUAUGGCAACUUUUCAAUCAAGUAUUCGAUCUUCUUCCAAUUUGUGCUGUAGUAGGCGAGAAAAUAUUCUGUGUUCAUGGAGGCUUAUCUCCACUUAUUACAAGUAUAGAUCAAAUUCAGGGUUGCGACCGUAAGAAGGAAGUACCAGAGCGUGGUCUCAUGUGCGACCUUCUAUGGUCUGACCCAGAUACAGUAUCCGGAUUUCAGAUUUCUCCUCGUGGCGCUGGAUAUAUUUUUGGCGACCAUGUUGUUCAGCAAUUUAACCGUGCUAAUAGAUUAACCUUAAUUUGUAGAGCACACCAACUUGCUAUGGAAGGCUACGUUGAAUGGUUUGAUAGGAAAUUGUUCACUGUUUGGUCUGCCCCUAACUACUGCUACCGUGGUGGCAAUCCUGCAUCAAUUUUAGAAGUAUCUACGGAUUUGACUACUAGAUGGAAGAUGUUUGAAGCCGCUCCACCUGAAGCUCGUGGUGAAUUCCCAGACAGAACUAUGGUAGAAUAUUUCAUGUGA